AUGGAGAAUGGCACAGAAGGCAAGAACUUCUACAUCCCCAUGAACAACAGGACGGGGCUCGUGAGGAGUCCCUUUGAGUAUCCACAGUACUAUUUGGCAGAUCCAUGGCAAUUCAAGUUGCUAGCGGCGUACAUGUUAUUCUUGCUCAUCACUGGCCUCCCCAUCAAUGGUCUGACGCUGGUGGUCACAGCUCAAAACAAGAAGCUCCGGCAACCCCUUAACUAUAUCCUUGUGAACUUAGCCGUUGCAGGAUUGAUCAUGAUCCUCUUCGGAUUCACAGCCACCAUCUACUCUUCUGUGAUGGGCUAUUUUGCUAUGGGACCCCGUGGCUGUGAUAUGGAAGGUUUCUUUGCUACACUUGGAGGUCAAGUAUCACUAUGGUCUCUUGUGGUUUUAGCUAUUGAGAGAUACAUUGUGGUCUGUAAACCAAUGGGUAGUUUCAAAUUUACUGCUACCCACUCUGCAAUUGGUUGUGGAUUUACCUGGCUGAUGGCUAUGUCCUGUGCAUGUCCUCCAUUGGUGGGCUGGUCAAGGUAUAUACCUGAGGGUCUUCAGGUAUCCUGUGGACCCGACUAUUACACCUUGGCCCCAGGCUUCAACAAUGAAUCAUAUGUGAUGUACAUGUUCAGCUGCCACUUCUGUUUCCCUGUUUUCACAAUUUUCUUCACAUAUGGAAGUCUUGUGAUGACAGUCAAAGCUGCUGCAGCCCAGCAGCAGGACUCAGCUUCCACCCAGAAAGCUGAGAAGGAAGUCACACGCAUGUGUGUCCUGAUGGUGUUCGGCUUCCUUCUUGCUUGGGUCCCAUAUGCCUCCUUUGCUGCAUGGAUUUUCUUCAACAAGGGAGCUGCCUUCACAGCUACAGCCAUGGCCAUACCUGCCUUUUUCUCAAAGAGCUCAGCAUUAUUUAACCCUAUUAUCUAUAUUCUCAUGAACAAACAGUUCCGUAACUGCAUGCUGGCAACAAUUGGAAUGGGUGCUAUGGUUGAGGAUGAGACAUCAGUGUCAACCAGCAAGACAGAAGUCUCAACUGCAGCUUAAUGAUAACAGCAACAUAUCUACAGUCGAACUCCUUCCUGAUGUUUUCCUAAAGCUGAAUGUUAUGGACACAAAAAUACAGCAAUGAAUUCAAGAAAAAACUUUUUGCAACAAAUGGACUUUAAUCUCUAAAUACUGGCCUGUGACAUUUUGCUGUACACAUUUAUGAAUAAUAUCUACAUUUGAAGAAAAAAAAAAGAAAAAAAAAAGGACUGUAAAAUGGG